AUGUAUUCUUCUGAACAUGAGAAGCAAGUUAUGGCUUUAAACAAUUGUUCAAGGGUGGACGAGUUCAUUCUUCUUGGAUUCCCACACACGGGGGGAAUAAACAUUGUUUUGUUUGCAAUUAUCCUUGGGUUCUACAUUUUGACAAUUGCAGGAAAUGGUCUCAUCAUCGUGAUUGUGAGAGCUGAUCGCCAGCUCCAGAAGCCGAUGUAUUUCUUCCUCAGCAACCUCUCUUGCCUGGGGAUGGGGCACACCACUGCUACCAUCCCCAAGAUGUUAGUCAAUCUGCUCUCGGAAAAGCCCACCAUCUGCUUCUACUGCUGCAUGUUGCAACUAUUCAAUUUCUUCUACUUCGGUGUGACCGAAUUUUUCAUCCUGACUGUCCUGUCCUUCGAUAGAUAUUUAGCCAUCUGCAAGCCCCUGCGGUAUACCACCAUCAUGACUUCCAACCUCUGCCUUCAACUUGCAGGGGGUUCCUGGGCUGCGGGAUUUUUCUGUAUAAUUUCCCAAGUGAUAAUGGUGGCAACACUUCCCUUCUGUGACUCUGAUACCAUCAACCAUUUCUUCUGUGAUAUUGGACCAUUGUUGCAAAUCGCCAGUGGGGAUACACAGCUAAUAGAAGCUCUGAAUUUCCUGGUGGCCAUGAGUGUGGUGCUGGCCUCUCUACUCCUGACAGUGAUCUCUUAUGUCUUCAUCAUCUCCACAAUUCUGCGCAUCCCUUCCACCAGUGGACAGAAGAAGGCCUUUUCCACCUGCACCUCUCAUCUGACUGUGGUGAGCAUAUACUAUGGAGCUGUCCUUUUCAUCUAUUUGAGACCUAGCGUUGCACGCUCCUCUUUCAGCCUCAACAAAGCCGUCUCUUUGCUGAACACUGUGGUCGUCCCGAUGCUAAACCCUUUCAUAUACACCAUUAGAAAUGUGGAAGUUAAAGAGGCCUUACGGAAAGUCUUAAGGAAGAAAGGUACUGACGUCAGGUAA